UCGAGCAGUGAAAGGUGUUGCACUCCCAGAUCUCUCACCCCGUCACGUCCGUGCAGCUCAACGGUUUUCUUUCCUACCCCAUCCUCUUAAUUACAAAUAAUUGACUUUCUGAAUUCUUGUUUAUCAAGCAAAGGGCAGAAGUUGGAUAGCUUGUCCAUCUUCCAGGAAAAAAAACUGCGUUUUCCUCCAUCACCACUCCCAUUUUUUUCUGCAAGCACAACUUCUCAAUCUCGUUAAGCAAAGGGAAUGGGGCAACACCAAUCCAAAGACGAGUUGCUGUAUCAGCAAGUCAAUUACGGUAACAUAGAUGCAAUCAAAGCUCUUCGCAGGGAAGGCGCCGGCCUCGAGUGGAUUGAUAGAGAUGGUAAAACGCCAUUGAUACUAGCGUGUCUGAAUUCUGAGCUCCACCACGUGGCUAAAACUUUGAUUGAGCUCGGUGCUAAUGUCAAUGCAUACCGGCGUGGUCAUAACGGGGGGACUCCUUUACAUCAUGCAGCGAAAAGUGGCCUUGAUAGUACUGUUAAGUUGCUUCUUUCUCAUGGAGGGAACGCUCUAGUAUUGAAUGAUGAUUGUCAAACCCCUCUUGAAGUUGCUAGGGCUAAAGGACACAACAAUGUUGUUCGUACAAUUGAGAAUCACAUUUGUUUAUUCUCUGGUUGGAUGCGAGAAUUUUAUGGGCCUGGUUUUCUAGAAGUAAUAGCUCCUCAGUUUGUUUCCAGAAAAGUAUGGGCAGUUAUCUUACCAACAGGAUCCCGUAACCCUAUGAAACCUUUGAAGUUGGAGCUUGCCAUAUAUUCUAGUUCACAGGAUGCCCAACCACGUACACUGAUUGCAUUGUGGAAAGCUAACUUGGAGGAACCAAAAUUUCACCUUUCUGAUCCUUCAGUGAUAAUUGUCGACCAUGCCACCAUUCCAAGAGGCAGGAGGCGGAGACGAGUGAGGCAUAGGCCACAAAAAGUUAGGCAAACACGUAUUAAACUUGCACCUGCAAAUGAAGAUGAUAGGCAGCAGCUUCAGUGGUUCUGUGAUGCAUGCAAAGGAAUUCCACAGGUAAUGCAUCUUCCUGCAUUUCUGCAUAAUUCUGAGCCUUCUACUUUUCAAGCAACAGCCCCUCCAUCUGCAGAAGACUUAGAAUUAACAAUGGCAAUCAAUGCCUCCAUCCAUUCUGCAUCUGCUGUUGAUGCUUACUCUAGUGAAGCAAGUGCUUCCACCAGUUGGAAUAACCCUGUGAAUGCUGGCAGUCAAAGUGCUCCUUCAAAAGCAACUAGCAGUCUGUGGGCUGCACAUGAAGCUGGCCCUAGUGGCAAUUCAACUCGGCAAGAUAUCCAGAGUAGUAACUUCACUACUGUGCAGACAGCGACUCAAGCCCUUGAUCCAGUCACGUCAGCUCCACCUGUCAUAGAUGAUAUUGUAGAAGAUGGUCCAGUUCACUAUCCAUCUAUCGACUCUAGUCCUAUUGAAAGGUCUUCCCCACAUAUGGAGAACUUAACAGCUAGCACACAGGAAAAGGGAGAAGAUGGCGGUUCAUCAUCUUGUGUAAUAUGUUUGGAUGCUCCAAUUGAGGGGGCGUGCAUCCCGUGUGGGCAUAUGGCUGGUUGUAUGUCUUGUUUGAAGGAGGUCAAAGCAAAGAAAUGGGGUUGCCCUGUGUGCCGAGCCAAGAUUGACCAGGUUAUAAGGCUGUAUGCUGUUUGAAUUUCAAGCAAAAUGAGAAAGCUGUUAAUGGCAAGUAUAUGAUUGAGGCACCUCAAAAGAGAUUUGUUUAUGCUUUUCCAUAGGCAUAUAUAAGGUUUAAUCCGUCGAGUGUGUCUUACUUUUCGUCUGUGAUCUCAGAUGUGGCACUGAUGAUUUUGCCACAUGACAUUGUGGAUCAACAUCAGUGUAUCAAUGAUCUACCCUGAAAUCUUAAGUAGGAUGUUUAAGAAAGUAGUUAACUGUCAGGUAUCAUCUGCAAGCGAGUUUGGCCACACUGAAGGAAUCAACAACUUCAGCAGCACCAGAUCAGUGCACGAGUGGCAAAAUAGGGGCGCAAUCAAUUAUCAACUUUUUGAAUAUUUUAUUCAUGUACUUGUGGGUUGAAAGUAAAGCAGGUCCAGAUCCUUUUUGGGUCUCUCGAAUUUUAAAAUUUUACAGGCUGUUUUAUGGUCCUUUGUGAAACCAUUAGAUCUAUGUUGGUGUGUAUAUUAAUUGUAUAGCAGCUUCUGUUUAUUAUCUACUUUUCUUUUCCAGAUGUUGGAUAAAUUUAUCUUUAUCA